AUGGAAAGCCGGGUUUGCAGUCAACUGGCGGUUCUGGCGCCAGGGGAGGAUCUACCGGUUCUUCCCAACUACGAGGGGAUCCCCAAACUGGUGGCAUCAGCCCCCCUGGCCGUCUACUGUUUGGGGCAGCUAAAGUUGGUCGCCUUUUCCGACCCCGGGCUUCGCAUUUCGCUCUCCGAACCCAAGCAUGGCUUCCAGUAUCUUCGCUACCCCAGUCUCUCCAGCGCCAUUAUCCAGAUCGUGGACGAAGCCGCGGAUGCCUUUCGCCGCGCCAACCGCAACAUGACCUCUAUCAAAAUGCAGGACAAUAAGAUGUUUGGAGGAUACGGAUGCGUACGGGAUAUCGUGCUUUGUCUCCAAAGCCGGGAACCGUCCUUGAAGAAGUUGCAGGCGGCCCUCACGAGCUUCACGAAAUGCAUGGAAAGGUGCAGCGCCCUGGCGGACGACAUCGAAAAAGCCUUCGAGAACUUGGAGGGCUGUAUCAAGGAGUUGAAGUUGGCCAUGGGGGAUGGACAACAUCACUCCGAGCGUGACAGGAGCUACGCCGAAGCGGGGGUCAAGCGGGCACAAGAGGAUCAGGAGUACCACCAACAGAGGUACCGAGACCUGGAACAGCAGAUGCGAAGCAGAGAACGGGAGCACCAGGAGGCAAAGGCUCUCUUUACUCGGACAGUGAAGCGCUCGGAAUGGUCGGCCGUACCCAUCGGCAUUGCGGCGACUGCAGAUGAUGCCCUGCAAGCGAUUAUCACGACCGCCCAGGCGGCUGCAAAGGGCGCCAUUAGCUUUGUGACCCGGACCGGUGAAAAGACUCGCGAAACGGUGACGUUUCAGGCGCCUCGUCCGCAGGAUUGGACGGGGAGAGACACGACUUGCCACGGGGCCGGCCAUGAUGCUCAAAGCAGGGCGGCCACACCGGAUCGUCCGGAGACGCCCAACAGUAGAUGGAAGGACACAAGCCAUCCUAUGGGGCCGACCAGCGAGGUCCAUCCGGUUGGAGAUCUGGAAAGAUCGAAACCAACAGGGGUGAAGGGGGUCUCCGGAACGCACGGGUCCGCGACCCGGGCUGGGAAAAGAUCGCAGCGCCGGUCAGGGAUCUCAGGAGUCCUCCAGGCGCGCCAUGAGAAGCUCGAAAUCACCCGGGCCAACAUGCAGGAGACGCUCCGGAAUGUCAACCAGACCGCCGAUCAGCAGCAUCAGCAGCAGCUUCAAAUCCUGGAGCUCCGCCGGAAGAUCCAAGAGCUGGAUCGGCAGCAAGCCACUUUGAAGCAGACCAAGCAGGUACUCGGCCUCUCGAUUGAGGUCAUUGGGGACAUGCACACCCGCAUCGCAUGCAUGGCCAAGUUCUUCCAAACGGUGGCCCUGUUUAUUGAGGAGCAGCUGAUACCGAGGGCCGAUUAUCUCCAGGACCAUGUCGGUGAGGAGGCUGCGCAGAGCUUCCCCGCCGUGCUGAGGGAUCGGAAAUUCCGGGAGGACCUCAUGGUGUUGGAUCAAUGCUCCAACAAGGUGGUAUCGUCGACGAUCCUGUACCAGGAGAUCUCCACGCGACACCUGUAUCCGGCCCUGGACCUCGUCGCCCGGCUGCCCAUCAGCGCCUCGGAGGAACGCCAGCGCGAGGCCGAAACAGAACUGAAGGACUCGACGGAGAAUAGCGUCCGAGCCAUCUUGGAGCUGGCGGAAGGGCUUUACGAGAAACACAAGCAGCGUGCCGCGCAACGACUGAGCGGGCUCAAGAAGGAGCUGGCACUCGCGGAGAAGGCCAUUGAGAAUGUGGAUAUUGAGUCCAUCCAUGAGUAUGACCCCAAUAGCCAGUCUCCGUAG